GGUUCGCCUUUGUAUACUUUGGUGGGGAAUGGGGCAUCCCCACCGUGCCCCCGUCGACCGAGCCAAACCACUGUUUGAACUUCAAGGUGCCUGAGCUAUCCGACGAGGAAGCCGUGGCCGCUAUCUACUUUCAGCUGGAGGCUAAGAUAGUCGACGGCGGCGAGGUGUUUGUAGCGGGGAACUGGCUCCCGAGCUGCAAACUGUUCAAGAACGAGCAUUUCCUGGCGGCCUUCGGCUUGAGUCCGGCCUUUCCCAAGGGUAAUUCGGCAAAAAGGGGGUCCGGUUGACUUAUAUUUAUGCUUGCUUUGUUAUUUUGUUCUAACUCUUUUUUCCUUUUUGCAGAAGCCUCCCUAGCCUUUCUCAAAGAGACCGACUCAGAGAUGGCUGAACGAUUGACCUCUGCUGCACUGAAGGCGGCUCGGAUUAGGGCCGAGAUGAAGGCCAACAAGAUCAACAAGCCUUCGAAGCCAAAAGAUCCUUCCAACCCUAAACCGAGGAAGCGCAAGGAGCGCACCGAGGAGAGGGUUGAAAUGACGGAAAAGGCUUUGGCGAAGGCCCGAGCCGAGCAGGAGGCUGCCGCCAAGAAGGCUAGAAAGGAUCCUUCUAUCGAGGUGAAUAGUCCUCGACCCGAUUCAGGAGGUGGGGGACACAUGUCUCGGUCCACCCUUCAGAUUUCGAGCCUGUUCGGAGUCCGGGGUACGAACCGGGGGCCUCUCACCAUUCUCCGACCGAGCGCUCUUUAUCCGAGGCUCCGGUCCCGUUUACGCAAAUGUCCAAGACGGACAAGAAGAAGAGGAUCUCCGACGCAUUGGAGAUCCUAUGUACUCAAACGGACCGGGACCACAUCAACGAGGUCAACCCGAGGAAUGAGUCGAGUGAGCUCUUCCGCUCUUGGAUGGACUUUUCCAUCCGGAUGACCAAGGUAGCCGAAGACCGGCUCGCCCUGGUACAAGAGGUCUCGGACCUGAAGCAGGCGGCUCGGUCGCACUUUGAUGAAGUGUACC